UCUGCAGCAGGUCUCCUGGCUCAGAGAGAGAAGAUCCAGAAAGAGAUCCAGAACUUGGAGAAUGUCUUGGGACCCAUCCAUGUGUCAGAUGACAACGAGAGCAGCAGUGAGGAGAGUGAGCUGGGUCUGUCUCCGUCAGUGGACUCGUGUCUCCAGAUGAAUCUCGUCUAUCAGCAAGUCGUUAAAGAGACUCUGGACCAACUGGAGACGCUGCUGGCGCAGAACCACCGGCACCAGAAGGAACUGCUGUCUCAGCUGUCUGGACCAAUGAAAGGCUCCACCAGGGAACAGUCCGCCCCCUCCUCCUGCCAGCAGCCAAUCAGCAUGUUCUUAGGCCGCUUCCUCAAACCGUACUUCAAGGACAAACUGACUGGACUGGGUCCUCCGGCCAAUCAGGAGGCGAAGGAGAAGGCCAGCAGGAUGACCGGCAGUCUGGACGACAGGAAACUGAGAGUCAAACGAUGUGAGAACCACAUCAGAACCACACCAGAACCACACAAGAACCACAUCAGAACCACAUCAGAACCACAUCAGAACCACACCAGAACCACACAAGAACCACAUCAGAACCACAUCAGAACCACACCAGAACCACACCAGAACCACACCAGAACCACACCCGAACCACACCCGAACUACACCAGAACUACAUCAGAACUACAUCAGAACUAUAUCAGAACUACAACAGAACUACAUAAGAACUACAGUUAG